UGGGUGGUUGUCGCAGACGGCGGGGUCAUCCUUUGCGGGGCCGAUCGCAGGCAGCCAUUUUAAGGAAUCAAUCAGGUUGCAACCACUCCCAAUCGUCUUUCUACUCCGCAUUCGACGCUGCAAUACCUGGUAAGAUUGUACAUGCCAAUAAUGGCUGGCAUCAAGUUCCAAGUGCUUGCGUUGCUGCUGGCAGCAUUGAUUGCUUCGUCUUCCGCCGCAUCCUCCACCGUCCAGCGAAGACAGGUGCCCCUCACCAAUGGAGGACAACGACCAUUAAAACUCGGGGGCGAACGUCGAUCUGCCAAAGUAAAGUACUACACGGUAUGCCACUGCCCGUCCACCCAUCCUCUACGCUCGCUACAGGUAAGCGGCCUAACGACAGAACAACAGUUCGACAACACCUGGCUGGUAGGCGGCGUGAACGAGACGUACGAACAAGACGACUUCCUCGCCUUCAGCCACUUCGGCAUCGUCGACGUCUCCAACGCGCAGCAAAAGGGCUACAUCCACGCCAAAGACCUGGACUGCGCGGCCACAAAGCCCCACGCCCUCUUCACCUGGCCCAACAACUUCACCGCUUCCUCCGUCAUCCAGGCCAACGCCACCGCGCUCGCGGCCGCCGGGCUGUCCGAAUUCUUCGACUUCAUCGCCGUGACGUGGAAGCCGUUCGGGCCCGCGGAGGACUUUACGUGGAUUGAGUUGGACGCGUGGCGCAUCGAGGAGGCCGAGCUGGCGGCGGCUGGGGAGCGGAAGGCGACGUUGAUCAGUUCUCUGUCCCACUCGUGGGUGGGUUAUGACGACGACGAUGGCGACAGCUUCUUUCCUGCGGCGACCAUUCAACCGAGUGAAUGGUGGGAGGGCUGGGGCGAGGGGGUGAACUGGCUCGAGAUCAAGGCGAAGGCGGGCGAUGGUCGGCCGUGGGAUCUUUGCCUGGAUAACUUGCUGCUGCUGUUCCAUGCGAAGGAGUGAAGCGGAGGUGCUGAGCACAGACGCGGGUACUCAGGUGUAGGGUAUGUUGGUUGGCGUGUUGGGGCUUCAUUCUUUCACGAGAGUCGGGUUAAUUGUAAUGUUCAUGCAGGUAAC